AUGUUCAAGAAAUUCUCCAAAGAUGACGUGCACACACGUACCAAUGUGAAAUCCUCCAUUGCAAAGAACAUCAGAAACAAGAUAGUUGAACAAUAUCCACUCCUCCAGGACCAUAUCGAUGAUAUCAUGCCUAAAAAAGUGUCAGUCUCCCUAUACAAGUGUGAAGGCAAAAUCCAACUUUAUGUUGUCAAUGGAGAAAUUUUAUUCUAUCAACAGUUUGAUGAUUUCAUUCCGGAACUACGUCUAGUACACAAAUAUCCAGAAGCUUUUCCAAGGGUUCAAGUUGACAGAGGUGCAAUUAAAUUUGUUCUUGGAGGUUCAAAUAUCAUGUGUCCUGGGUUGACCUCUAAGGGUGCACAGUUGCCGGAUGAAGAUUGGCCUGUUAAUAAGAUUGUUGUAGUUUAUGCUGAGGGUAAGGAGAGUGCAAUGGCUGUCGGUAAAUUGGCAAUGUCAAUUAAUGACAUUAAAACCAUAAACAAGGAUACGGGCGUAGAAUUAUAUGAGUAUUUAGGUGACGGUAUGUGGAAUUUUAGGGAAUAG